AUGGCCUUACCGACGCUGAGGGCUGCGGCAUGCCACAUCUCGCCUCACGUUCUCUCCGCCGCGCGGACGACGCAGAAGACCAUCACCUGCAUCAAGACUGCAGCAAGACACUCCGCGAACCUGGUGGUGUUUCCUGAGUCUGCAAUCCCUGGAUUCCCGGUGUGGUCCUCGCUACUUCCGCCAACACACACUCACCAUUUCUUUCAGCGCAUGGUACACGAGUCCGUGUAUGUCAAUGGUGACGAGAUCUCCCACAUCCGCCAAGCAGCGCGCAGUGCCCGCGUUACUGUGAGUUUAGGCAUAUCUGAAAAAGUACGGUAUAGCUCUGCAACGUUGUUCAACACGAACUUGAUCAUUGGAGAGGACGGGGAGAUUCUGGUGCAUCAUCGCAAAUUGGUGCCCACGUUCUACGAGAAGCUCACGUGGUCUCCUGGAGAUGGUCACGGCCUACGUCUUGCUGAGACCAAGUAUGGAAAGAUCGGGGCCUUGAUCUGCGGCGAGAACACGAAUCCCUUAGCGCGGUAUUCUCUUAUGGCGCAGGGCGAGCAAGUCCAUAUCUCCAGCUGGCCGGCUAUUUGGCCAACACGGCCUCUAGAUGAUGGCGCUAACGAGGCGUCGACCAAGAAACAAAGUCGCAAUUAUGACAAUAUCGCCGCGAACCGCACACGAGCGGCUGCGCACUGUUUUGAGGCCAAAUGCUUUGGCAUCAUGAGUGCGGGCCACAUCGAUGAGGCAGCUAUGAGCGAAAUUGCCGGCAUGACUGACGCGCCCGAGGCAAUGCUGAGGAAGCUCGCAAGCUACCCUCGGGCGGCGACUCAAUUUCUGGACCCGACCGGCAGGACUGUUGAUGACUGCUUGGCCUUAGAUCUUGCUACAGGUCAACAACUUGAUGGACAGAGUGUUGUCAUGGAUAAGGAGGCGAUCCUGUUUGCAGACUUGGAUCUGAACGAGUGCAUAGAAGGCAAGCAGUACCACGAUGUUGUUGGAGGGUACCAGAGGUUUGAUGUAUUCGCGUUGCAAGUCAAUCGCCAGAGACACGAGCCGGUACAAUUUCAGGAUGCGUCCCUUCACGACCCUGGAAAGGUCACUCAGAAAGGUUCCGGUGGAAAAGAGAGUACGAGGAUCGAGUGA